GAGAAAAUGGGGAGAGGAAAGAUUGUGAUAAAAAGGAUUGACAACUCGACGAGCAGGCAAGUGACUUUCUGCAAGAGAAGAAAUGGGUUGUUCAAGAAAGCCCGGGAGCUCUCCAUCCUUUGCGAAGCAGAAGUUGGACUUGUUGUCUUCUCCAGCACCGGCAGGCUCUAUGAUUUUGCCAGCUCUAGCAUGAAAUCUGUUAUCGAACGGUACAAGCAGGUAAAAGAGGAUCAUCAUCAGCUGCUGAAUCCUGCUUCAGAAGUCAAGUUGUGGCAAAGGGAGGCAGGAAGCUUGAGGCAACAACUACAGUACGUGCAAGAACUCAACAGACAACUAAUGGGCCAAGAACUUUUUGGUUUGAGUGUCAAAGAUCUACAAAAUUUGGAAAACACACUGGAAAUGAGUUUGAAGGGUAUCCGUAUGAGAAAGGAACAAAUUUUCACCGAAGAAAUAAAAGAAUUAAACCAAAAGGGAAACCUUGUCCAUCAAGAAAAUCUUGAACUGAAUAAGAAGGUAGACCUCUUUCACAAAGAAAAGGCACUGUGGCAAACGAAGGUUAAUGGAGAAAGAGAAGUAAAUGAAGCAAACAAAAGCUCACAUCCUAAGCACACUCUCAGCAAUGGUUAUGACAUUCAUGGAGCCAUCCAUCUUGAGAUAAGCCUGCCUCGGCCUCAAAACAAUGAAGCAUAG